AUGCCGAGGGACGAUCUAAGAAUUCUGCUGAAGCAGGAGCGUACAUUACGGAGCUCGGUAGACAAUUUAAAAUUAUUCAUCACCAACUACCGAGAAAACCGUGAUCGAGGCUCACUAGAAAUGCGAAUCGCCAAGUUAGAUCAGAUUUACGAUAAGUUUCUGGAUGUAAGGAUGCGUAUUGAGGUACUGACUGACGAAGAGGAGGAUGACUUUGCGGAGUCUGUUGAAACGGAGGAGGAACGGAAAUCGCUGCGUAUCUCAAUUACAGAAAGGCGAGAGCAAGACAAUGUAAAGGUUAUUAGAGAUUUUGAAAAUGAGUACUAUUCUUUAAAGCAAUUAUUGUUAACGUUAGCAGCUCCAGCAGGUAGUAGUCGCGAUGUCGUGACAACACAAUCUCGAGUGUCAUCGAUUCCUGAAUCACAACUUCGAGUAAAACUUCCUGAACUCAAGUUACCGAUAUUCAGUGGUAAGUUGCGCGAAUGGAUAACCUUUCGUGACUCAUUCGUCAGCAUGAUCCACGACAACGAGCAUUUAUCUACAAUCGAUAAAUUCACGUACUUACGGACAUCCUUAACCAGCGACGCACUGAGAGAAAUUUUUUCCAUCGAACUUACAGCUGCAAAUUAUUCCAUCGCUUGGAACAGUUUACAAAGGACCUACGAAAACGAGAAACUCAUCGCCAAGUCUUACUUAGAUGCUUUAUUCGCCGUGAAUCCAAUGGAUAAAGAAUCGUACGAACAGCUUAAUCGCGUGGUUGGUGAAUUCGAAACCAAUCUCAUGAUGCUCCAGAAGAUUGGGGUAGACACUAAUGGAAUGAGUACCAUUUUGCAGCAUAUGGUGUGCCAGCGACUCGAUUCGAACAUUCUGCGGAGCUGGGAGAAUCAUCAUAAUUCCACUGAAAUUCCAACAUACAGGAAUCUCAUCGAUUUUCUUAAGGAUCAGUGCAUGGUACUUCGUAGCAUUGGGCUCGGAAGAUCAAAUCAAGGAGAAUCCAGAAAACCAGUUCGUCUUCCCACACUGAGUCACAUUGGUGCUCAACCAUCUGCGUCGUGUCCUUUCUGUGAAGAUCAGGUGCAUUCCGCAUUCAAAUGCAACAAAUUCACAAGGCUGAAAGUGACCGAUCGAGUAGAUGAAGCGAAACGUAAGUCGCUUUGUCUUAAUUGUUUAUCACCGGGACACAUAGCCAAAUUUUGCUCAAAAGGGUCGUGUCACACAUGUGGGAGAAGCCAUCACACCCUCCUGCACUCAGGCAACCCCUCAAACACACAGUCAAAACCAAAUCAGAAUCAACAACCGCAAACGGGAAAGAAGAUUCAAACGCCCAACCCGCUACCACAGCAGAGUCAAGAAAACCCUCAGAUUCAAGGCUCGUUAGCAUCUACUCAGCAACCUGCUCGAAAAACAAAUUCAGCAGCGAGUAACACUCAACCACAAACGUCGAGCACCACAGACUACCCUUCCACUAGCCAUACUACAGUCCUCUCGUCCAAUAUGCAAACAGUUCCAAAUACAGUUCUCUUGUCCACUGCUCUCAUCAACAUCAGCGACGGUCGUGGAAAUACCACCGUUGCUCGAGCUUUGCUAGAUUCUGGAUCACAACUUUGUUUUAUGUCUGAAAACCUUGUUCAGAAUCUCAAUUUUCAACGUCGUCGCGAAUGCUUGCCUAUCAAGGGCAUUGGUCAAGCUAGCACCUGUUCCAAGCAAUCAGUAACCGCUUGGAUUCGUUCUCGUGUGUCUCAUUACACCAUUCCAUUGCAGUUCUUUGUAUUGACAAAGGUAACUGCGGAUCUCCCAACAAGAAAACUCGACGUCAGCAAAUGGAAAUUCCCCAGCGGGAUCGUGUUAGCAGAUCCAGAAUUCUUCAAUCCGAGCACGAUAGACAUCAUCAUUGGAGCGGAAAUUUUCUACGAUCUUCUAAUCGAAGGGCAGCACAAGCUAGACGAGGAAGGACCAACUCUGCAAAAUACACAACUAGGCUGGGUUGUGUCGGGAAGUGUCUCCAAGGGUCGCAGCAUCGAUUCCACCAUGGCCGCUGUUUCCUGCUCUGAGGAGAGGUUGGAUGACUUACUCACGCGAUUUUGGGAUUUAGAAUCGUGUCGGACAAAGGGCACAAUGUCAGUAGAGGAAACCCUUUGUGAAAAGAUGUACGAUGAAAUGACAACGAGAGACACUUCGGGAAGAUUCGUCGUAACCCUUCCGAAAAAGCAAUAUCUAAUCGACCGUCUUAGAGAGUCCCGUUCAAUUGCGCUUCGAAGAUUCGUGUCUCUAGAACGACGAUUGAACGCCAACCCUUCUUUAAAGCAAACUUACAGUGAAUUCGUCAAUGAAUAUUUUGAUCUAAAACACAUGCGUGAAGUUCAAGUACAGCCAAAUGAAGUAGAGUCAUCACCCUUUCCAUACUACAUGCCACAUCAUGCUGUUGUACGACCUGACAGCAGUACUACCAAACUUCGUGUAGUCUUUGACGCAUCCUGUUCCACAAUGUCAGGCGUGUCUCUCAAUGAUGUCUUAAUGGUAGGACCAGUGGUUCAAGAAGACCUACUUUCCACGGUAAUCCGUUUCCGUAUCCACAAGUUUGCCAUCGUGGCUGACAUAGCCAAAAUGUAUAGGAUGGUCAACAUCGCUUCGAAUGAUCAUCGAUUCCAAAGGAUAUUGUGGAGAGACUCCCCAUCUGAGCCAAUUCGGAUAUUCGAACUCACGACCGUCACCUACGGGACAUCAUCGGCACCAUAUCUGGCCACCAAGUGCCUCCAGCGCCUAGCAGAAAACGGAGCUGAAUUACAUCCGACAGCUUCGAAGAUUUUGCUGAAGGACUUCUAUGUUGACGAUAUGCUGUCUGGAGCAGAUAGCGUAGAAGAUGGCAUCAAAAUAUACGGUGAAAUGAAUGAACUUCUGGAUCCUGCGGGAUUCACUCUCAGAAAAUGGAGUUCGAACAGUUCUGAAAUAUUGGCAGCCAUUCCUGAAAUUCUUAAGGACGAUCGUACGUCCCUGGAACUGGACUCCUCGAAAUCGACUAUUAAAACCCUAGGGCUUUCGUGGGAACCCAGCUCGGACUAUUUUCGAUUCUCUGUGCCUCAUUGGAACGAUUCUACUGAGAUCAACAAGCGCAUCAUUUUGUCCGAUUUUGCCCGCCUUUUCGAUCCUCUCGGACUGGUAGGGCCAGUAGUAGUCCAAGCCAAGAUAUUUCUCCAGGAUCUCUGGAAACAGAAAUGUUCCUGGACAGAAACACUCAGCGAGGAACUUCAGCACUGGUGGCUGGAAUUUCGACGCAACUUGACUGGACUUUCCACCCUCAAGGUACCUCGUUGGCUCGCUUUUGGCAAUGAUACGGUUUCAGCAGAAAUUCAUGGGUUUUGUGACGCAUCAGAAAAGGCGUACGGAGCAUGCAUCUAUCUUCGAUGCACGACGUACGAUGGUCUUGUAUCGGUCAGGCUAAUCACCGCAAAGUCCAGAGUUGCUCCACUUGACGAUGUUCAACGCACAAAAAAGAAGAUGACUAUUUGGGAGUGGGCGUAG